UUAAAUACUCGAGCUUAUCAGUCGACUGAACAAUAGUACCUACUUUGUCAUUUCUACUGAUAAGUUACUGGUGUUAACUUCUACUUUACAUUUCUAGUUCAUUUUAAUUCAAAAUGAAUAUAUCGUUUAAAGGAAAGCGAGUACUUGUAACAGGAGCUGGCCAAGGAAUUGGGCGAGGCAUCGCGAUAGAGCUUUGGCGUGCUGGGGCAAAAGUCGUAGCGUUGUCACGAACACGGUCACACUUAGAAAGUCUACAGAGUGAAUAUCCGACCAUAGAUAUAGUAGACGUGGAUGUGGCCGACUGGGAUAAGACGCGCCAGGUUGUGGAGAGCCUAGGAGUUUUUGAUGGACUUGUAAACAAUGCUGCCAUGGCUAUAUGUGAGCCAUUCCUUGAAUGCAAGCCAGAUGUAUUAGACAUGUUAACAAACAUAAAUGUUAAGUCUCUUAUUAACAUAAGUCAGGUUGUUGCCAAAAAUAUGAUAGCCAAUAAGAUAAGAGGUGCAAUCGUCAACGUGUCAUCGCAGGCAUCCAAGGCAGCUCUUAAGGACCAUACAACUUAUUCAGCUACAAAGGCUGCCGUUGAUGCUGUGACACGUUCGAUGGCGUUAGAGCUUGGUCCCUACGGCAUCAGAACGAACGCUGUCAAUCCAACUGUCAUUAUGACAGCUAUGGGCAAGAUUGGCUGGUCUGAUCCAGUAAAAGCUGAAGCGAUGCUCUCCAAAAUACCGCUUGGAAGGUUUGGUGAAGUAUCAGAGGUUGCAGAUGUAGUGUUGUAUCUCUUAAGUGAUAAAUCAAGCAUGGUGAACGGUGUUGAACUGCCAAUCGACGGAGGAUUCCUUGCCACAUAAUAAAAAUAAGCGCAUAAAAUGUAUAAAAAAAAGUUGCAUUCCAUCGAACACAUCAAAUUAUAAUAUACACAUUCAACUAAUAAAUUACAAUGAUUCUAAGAUAAUGAUGAUGCGAGAACACCUGAAUAAACUGUAAUAAACACAUAGAUAUAUAAUUCAAAACUCUGGAAGGAACUUUGAUCAGUUACAUCCAAUACCCAAAAAACAAAGUACUGAGCUCACUUGAAUAAGUUUCUACUUAGUUAAAACCUUGCCUGACAUCGAGUGAGUCCCAUUUUCAGCUGACAAAAAAAUAUAUCAUUUUACAAUUAUAUUAAUAAAGCUUUUAAAUCAAAACUA